AUGGGCCUGUUUAACCUGCUCGCGCUCGCCGUCGAGACGUCCGUGCUGGGCGUGUACGUCGUGGUCCCGCUCGUGUCGUCAAAUGGCUACACCAUCCUGGCAUCGGACCUGCGCUCUGCGCUGCAGUUCCACCAGUCGCUGGCCCUGCAGGCGCUGUUGUCGUUGCUCCGUCUGCUCUUCUUUGUCUACAUCCGACGGCGCAACAAGCGUGUGCCGUCCACGCGGUGCUUUGUGUUCAGUGUGUCGCUUGUCGAAGUGGUGGGUUGUGCUCUAGGCUCGCUGCAGCCGCUGCUGUAUCUGGAUGGCAGGCGCAUCGACACGUUCUCCAAGUACCGUCGAGUGGCCUGGGGCGGCCUUUACAUUGUUGCGCUCGGCUUGAUGGCGAUGGUAAGCACGGCGCUCCAGAUGGGUUACAUUUUGCAACUGAACAAGAGUCGAGGGCGCUUGUCCGACGAAAAGCUGCUGAGGGACGUGAUGGGCGAGACGCCGCGGGCCAAGUGGAGGUCCAAGUGGGCCACGCUCGGCAAGCAACUGGCUGGGCGGCGAAAGAGCAAAGACCCAACGUUCGAAGCGAUGGUGAGUCUAUAUGCUCAUCAAGAGGGAGCUGUGGAUCAACUGGUAGUGUCUUCGGAUCGAGAUGAAGGCGACUUUGAGUUUUACUUGCCGCAAUUGUGCGGGUUUCUGCUUCUGGGAGCAUUUCCCCGAUCGCCGCAGUUGUACGCAAUGUUGUUGCGUAAAUGCAGUGUGUCGCACGUGUUUGCGCACAAGAUGCUGUGGUACUUGCAGUCGUACUGUCUGGAAAACCCGGCGUUCGUCACGGAAAGUGGUGUGCAGCGGGUGCAGAGGCUGAUCAAAGAUGUAGCGGAGUGCGGUGCCGUGCCGGCAGUGGCGUCUGCUCGCCCGCCGAGCCCAGCAAACUCGGAGCACUACCAGCUGUGUGUAGAUCGCGGGUCGGACGGACUAGAAAACUCGCGAGAAGAUGAAGCGCUGUUGCCGGGAGUGCGGGAUGACCACUACGCUACUUUCGAGGAGACGAACGAUUUCGAGCAAAAGCUGGCAAGCUCUCUGGCACCCACCCUGCCCCGUGUCUCUGGUACUGAGCCGUUUGAGCUCGAAACCGCAUUUUUGUGCUCUUUGGCAAACGUGUCGUCAAAUUUGCGUGCGGUAGCGUACAACCGUCGCAACGACAUGCUUCGUGUCUGGCUACAAGACCUGGAAACUCAGUAUUUGCCAAGCAACUCGCUUUACCUGCCGGUUGGGAACUCCUACCACCGGCUCAAGCACAUCCACGUCGACGAAAGUUUUACUUUUUCGACACGGGAACGUGUACCUUUUCUAUUGUGCGCUGAGGUUGUGGACUACCCGUCUCCUCAACAAGAACAUGCAGCUCGGAACAAUCGCCGCCGCAGUGUGUUUAACGGCCGGCGCUUUACGCUUGGUCUGUGGGACACUAGCGCAAGUCCAGACAUGACGUCAACUUGCGCAUGUGCGGAGCGCACGCCGUUGAUGUCCCCAGACGCUUCCAAGCUGGGUUUUUGGAAGCUGUUGCAUGGACUGCUUGACUCGCUUGUGGGUAAGAACUCAGGGGGUAAGAACUACGAUUCAAAGGAUGAGGCGUUGUUGAACGAGGAGCAAGGUGACGAGUAUGAUGAGGAUACGACUCACUCCUUUCGCCAUGCGCCUGCAAGAAGCCAGAGUCAGCCAUCUUUUGACAGCACACGUGCGUUCUCGAAGCAAACAGGAUCUGUUGACACGCGUACACCAGGGCUCCAGCUCGUGACUUCUCCAUACGCUGUGGUUGUCACCGAAGACGUUGGUGUGGGUGAUCCGGUGACCAGUAUCAGCGGUCGGUGGUCACCAGAUUCGGAUACAGCACAGUCGCCUCGGUCGGAAAGCUCGGCGUGCUCAGCUCAUGAUCUUGUACGCCUUGACAGUACAGACCAGUUUUUGCAGGAUCUGUCCGAGCGUGACUCAAAGCUUGAGGAAGCUGAGAAAGCCGAGGACACGAGCUUGCUUUCUGAAACGUUUCACCAGACUGUGGGAGGCGAGCCGCCCUGUGUAGUAUUCAAGGAGCGCUGGGCGGACAAGGAACGCCGUGUUCAAGCCACGUCGCCGUAUGGACAGCUUCCGGGCUGGCGAUUGUUGCCUGUGAUUGUCAAAAGCGACGACGAUCUCCGUCAAGAGCAGUUGGCGUUGCAACUGAUUCGUCAGUUUGCAAAGGUGUUUGAAGAAUUCAAGGUGCCUGUGUUCAUCCGACCGUACGAUGUGAUUGCUAUAUCCGCUACUUCGGGACUAGUGGAAGCGAUUUCUGACACUAUAUCAAUCGACUCGCUGAAACGCAACGAUCGCGAAUUCACGACGCUGUUGAACUUUUUCACGAGGCAUUUUGGCGAUCCUGGUACGCCUGAUUUUAAUCGGGCUCGAUCAAACUUUGUGAGCAGCAUGGCUGGUUAUGCGAUCGUGUGCUAUCUACUUCAGAUUAAAGACCGCCACAACGGCAACAUUUUGCUGGACGCUGAGGGCCAUAUCAUCCAUAUUGACUUCGGCUUUAUUCUGGCCAACAAUCCGGGCAACAUGGCAUUUGAGCAGGCUCCUUUCAAACUGACGGCUGACUUUGUGGAGCUUAUGGGUGGUCCACGUUCUACGCAUUUUCGUCGAUUUCGGUCCCUUUGCGUGCGGUCAUUCCUUGUCGCACGGAAGUAUCGCCACCGAUUCGUUUUGCUUGUCGAGAUGAUGCUGCAUGGCAACGAACACCUCCCGUGUUUUGCCGGGGACCCUAAGUUCACGGUCGAGCGCCUCGCUGCACGCUUUCAGCCAGAGUUGGAUAUCAACUCUUGCGAGGACUUUGUGCAUGAACUCAUCGAUGCAUCACUGGACAACUGGCGCACACGCUGGUAUGACAAGUACCAGCGCUGGAUCGUUGGUGUGUUUUAA